CAAAUGAUAUUUGAGGAUACAACAGCGCUGAAAGGAUCAAUUGUUGAAUCAGAGGAUUGUUGGACAAUAUUUAUUUUGGAUGAAUGGAUACUGCAUGUUUUACCACCGCUCAGCGUAUUUCAUGUCUCAGGAUGAAUCCGGAUCUAGCCAAACCUUGUCCAGAACGUGAAGUUAUUCCUCCUACUAAACCGAACAGGACUAAAUCAGAACAAAUCAAACCAGAACUCGCCCAGGUGGUGACAGAUUCCAAGACAGGAAAAUCUUACAGCAAAGGAAAGCUUCUGGGAAAGGGUGGCUUUGCACGAUGCUAUGAAAUGACAGACCUUUCCAACAAGAAACUGUAUGCUGUAAAGGUGAUACCACAGAGCAGGGUGUCAAAACCUCAUCAGAGGGAUAAGAUAACAAAUGAAAUCGAGCUUCACAAAACCCUACAUCACAAGCAUGUGGUUAAGUUUUCCCAUCAUUUCGAAGACCCAGACAACAUCUAUAUUUUCCUUGAGCUCUGCAGUAGAAAGUCCCUGGCACACAUUUGGAAAGCAAGACACACACUGACAGACCCAGAAGUGCGGUACUACCUCCGGCAGAUCAUAUCUGGGCUGAAGUACCUUCACAAUAGGGGCAUCCUUCACAGGGAUCUCAAAUUAGGCAAUUUCUUUGUGAAUGAGAACAUGGAGUUGCGGUUGGGAGACUUCGGGCUUGCAGCGAAGUUGGAAACAGUUGAGCAGAGGAAGAAAACUAUCUGUGGAACACCUAACUACCUUGCACCCGAGGUGUUGAACAGGCAGGGCCAUGGAACAGAGUCUGACAUCUGGUCACUAGGUUGUGUAAUGUACACACUGAUGUGCGGGAACCCUCCGUUUGAAACCCUUGAUCUGAAGGAGACGUACAAGUGUAUAAAGGAAGUGAAAUACAACCUGCCCUCGACCCUGUCUCCUGCGGCUCAGAAGCUUAUCUCUGGCAUUCUGCAGAAGAACCCCAGCGACCGCCUCACACUGGACCAAAUCCUCAACCACCAAUUCUUCACAAAAGCGUUCACCCCAGACAAGCUGCCUCCCAGCAGCUGUGUGACAGUGCCAGAGCUCAACCUGCCCAGCCCUGCCAAGAAGUUCUUCACCAAGAUGGCCAAGAGUCUUUUUGGCAAGAGAAAAUCCAAAGUGGAGAAUAACCAUUGUGAAGAGCGGGAGAGCAUCUCCAAGCUUGUGUCCGGCAUCGUCAAAUGCUCCAUUAGUCGCCAGAUAAGCUAUAAAACAGUUGGUGCCAAUGAGGCUCCCACUCCCACAGUAGGCCAGCAAGUCAGCUCUGGUCCUCUGGAUACUCCAGCUGAGGAGGAGUCCAGGAAGUCAGCAGCAUCAGGCUCCUUUAAAGGCACGGUGCCCAGCAUUACGGAACCGUGUGAAGAUGGCCUUACCCCUGCUGCUGUUGCGGAGUCAGCCAUGAAGGUCCUCAACAGCUGUUUGUCUGCCAUGCCUGCAGCUACAAUAAACCCACCUUGUCUCUCCAGACCCAAAUCCUUUAUCUGGGUCACAAAGUGGGUUGAUUAUUCCAAUAAAUAUGGCUUUGGCUACCAGCUCUCAAAUCAAGACAUUGGUGUGCUCUUCAACGAGGGGACACACUUGAGUCUGUGUGAUCAGCGCAAGACUGUGCAUUACUGCAUGACCAACAACAAACACUUCACCUUCCAGGCCAGUGCUUUACCAGAGCAGCUCUGCAGCCAGAAGCAGAUUGUGGAGCUUAUGGCCAACUACAUGGAACAGAACCUCAUAGAGGGUGGAGACCUCCACUGUAAAGACCAGCCUCCCUCCCAGCCACCUCUCCUUCUGCAGUGGGUGAAGACCGACCAUGCUCUGGUGAUGCUCUUCAACAACGGUACACUGCAGGUGAAUUUCUACACUGACCACACCAAGAUCAUCCUGUGCAAGUCCUCUGACUCCUACCUACUGACCUACAUCAGCCGCGAGCGCGUGUCCUACACUUACCUCCUGAGCAUGCUGUUAGAGAUUGGCUGUUCUGCCGAGCUGCGGCACCGCAUGCUCUAUGUGGUCCAGCUGCUCGAACACCAUGUGGACUCAUAAUGGACCGGAGUAAGGUGAAGUUUCCCCUAAAUGCUGAUCUGGGGUCAGUUUUGAAUUUCCCCCUCUAAUGGUUAAGGUUAGAAUUGGGGGAGGGGAAGCUGAUACUGGAUCUGUACCUAGGGAAGACUUCACCCCAGUGCCAUAGCUCCUGGCUCUGUCCACAAGCUUCAACCAAUCAACCCACUGCUUUCUGCUUCCACUGGGAGCAAAUAACCAGGAGGCUCCGUUGUUAAUUCAGGGAGUCCCCCAUCUUUGGCUAGUGUCUGGCCUCAUUGGACUAUGGUGCAAAUCUAUCUUUUUCAGUCAUUUUUUUUAGAAUGAAGCCUAUAAUUUGACAACCGUAUCACACUACUGGCUUGACUCACUUCAUGCGCACAAACAACCUGACCCUGUUCUCUCAGUAGAUGCGCAGACCUGAUUCUGAAAAUGGCAGGCUGGGAUAACAAGCUGCCAAGUGACCACCCCCAUUAUGGUUAAAAAGCUGUGCAAAAAGGGGCUCUUUUGCUUUUCACGCUUUGACGUCACUUGCCUUUUGUGAUAAUUGAGCUUCACUAAUUGGUACACAACGGUGUACGGAGGGCAAUGAGUGUGACACUAUUUGCACAAUCUCUUAUUAUAUUUCUUUGGAUUGGCAGUCAUUUUACCACAAGUUGCUGAAUUUCUGUUCCAUUUUUAGCUAUAGAUACCAAAAGGUCAUUUUUACACCUUAACUGCGUAAUGGGCGAUUCAUGCCAGCAUAGGCCGAAAAUAUUUUUGGCAUCUCAGAUUGUUCUGGUAAUUCUCACAUUGCAACUUCAUUGGGAAACAAGUUUUGCGAAAAUGCGUAGCCUUUUUAGAACUAUACAUGCCUCCUGUAAGACCCUAUUAUGUGAACCGUACAUGAUACAGACAAGAUCUUGGUGUCAUUAUACUCAGUGUGCUCUAACAUGGAGUAUGUCUAGAUUCUGAAAUAAAAAUAAUCACUUAAUUUAUGCGACAUUAAAUAUGAUCUCAAAAGUACCUGUGUUUUUUGAUUUAGCAUAUUUUUUGACAUUGUUUGGAACUAUAUACUCUUCAAACACAUCACAUUUCCUGAGUGGGCUCUCUGGUACUUUUAAUGGAAUUACAUAUGUCAUUAUACCAAACACAGCCCUCCUUUUUAGGAUUGCACGUUCAGCAAAUCACUGUUUGCUGUGUUGGUGGUGCUCAUAAAAUUGAUCAUAACUUCAGAAUUAGUAGAGACCCCACUCUGGAAAUGUGAUGUACUUGUAUGUGGUGUAUUUUGUUCCAAACAAUGUCUUAAAAUGAACAAAAUCAAAAAGGGUACUUUGAGAGAUUCAUACUAAUAUGUUUAAUGUUGAAUAAAUUAAUGUGAAAAUGUUUUAGAAUCUAGACAUGCUCUGUUAGAGCACACUAAGGAGUAUGACACCAAGUUAUUUUCUAUCAUGUACGGUUCGUGGAUCGUAAGGUCUUACAGGAGGCAUGUAUAGGUCUACAAAUGGCCACUUUCACCAUGUUUUUCUCAAGAUACAAAUAAAACAUCCUUCCGCCCAAUGACGUUUCUAUGUGAGAAGUGGCAGAACAAUCUGAGAUGCCAAAAAUAUUUUCGGCCAACGUUGCCGUGGAAUCGCCCUAAUAUAGAUGUUUUUUUUUGUUCCGGAAUGAAUGUGUGCACUCCAGUGGAAAGUGGCUUUGAUCAAUUAAAUUGCUGUUUGGCAAAGGGGAUAAAGUGCCUUUUUGAGAAGUCUGUCUAUUGUGCAAUAACAGCCCUUUUGAAUGUCAGGUUGUGGUGGCAUGGGAAAAGGACUAUGGAGGCAAAUACUUUUUUACAAGGGAUUGGGUAACUUAAAAUGUCUGAAGCACUAGUCUCACUACCUGGUAUAAGCUUUUGGUAUGAGAAACCUGUAAUACAUAUGUCAAAUAAAUAUUGCAUUUCGUCAUACUGUGCUCAUCCCUCUUUGGUUUACCUUGCCCGCCGUCUCUGCCAAGAGUUGUAUCCUUAAACUGUGACCUGAGUGCAAGUAUUAUACAACUUCCAGGUAUUGUCUUUUCAAAAUCCAACAUUGUGAAAGCAUCUGCUUUUUCAGAAGAUUAUUUUUGACAAAUGUUCUGUCUAUUUAUUUUAUUUAUUCAUGUGUAAUUGUAUGGUCUUGACAUGUGAUAUGAUCACUUUAUGGACUAUUUGGGAGAAUGUAGUAAAAUAAAGUUUAUGGAAAUCA